GGGCAGCUCGUCAGAAAUCUUUACCAAUGUUUACUGGAUCUCUUCAGAAUUUGUCUUUGUACAAUUUGGAAACAAAGAAAUAUGAAGCUGAGAAAGAGGGCAUGUACCUCUAUCUGGAUAUAGAAUGUCUGAUGAUCUUAAAAUCCCAGUUUUUGGAGAUGAAAACUCCUAUCAUAUGUUUUUCUGGAAGGAAGCUGUCCCAGAAAGUGUAGAUAAAGUCAUGAUAACACAUGACACGGGUAUUUUGAAUAUUGAAACACAGAGAAUGAGACUGGAAAUACACCAGUUUAAGGAAGGAAGAGCAAACGACUUGUUCAAUUGUAUUCGGGAUCUUAGACCGGAGCCACGGGGGAGUUUUACAGACCACGCUGGACGACUAGGGAAAAUUCGGAAUCCGAAUGCUGCUCCUGGAUACAAACCAGUACCUGAAUCUGUGGCCGGAAAUUCACAGUCGGGUGCUAUGUAUUAUGAUGACAAGACGAGAAUCGACAAUACAAGGCUGACAACUUUUCAAGAUGAUUUAAGAAAUGCCGUGCGCCAGUUUGAAAAUCAUGAUGAGAUUGGGUUGCCGUGGGUGAUUGCUGAAGAUGAAAUAAAGAGAAUGUUGGAGGAUGGGUCAGUCUCAGAAACUGAUCUACUUAGUGGAGGACUGGACCCCAACAAUCUAGAUCACUUCAUGAAAUGUGUAGAGGAGAUUGAAAAUCAGCUGAAGCAGCAAGACUAUGAGAAAGCAUUGUCUAGGUUGCAGGCGACGAAGAAAAUCUUUAUGGAAUGUAAUCUUGACGAGAUGAAGUCUCUUCUGAGCCUAGACGACAUUACGCUCCUCAAACAGAUGUAUUUCCACUCCUUCGCAUAGAAAUGGACUCGUCUCUUCACCUAACAAAGAACUUAUUCUUGCCUGGAAUUGGAAUCGCUCCUCUCUCAAAAAAGGAAAUCCCUUCAUCAAGAUAUUGAUUCAUUUCUUCACUUAAAGCCUCUCUGUGAUUUUGUUUAUAAAAUGCCAAGAUGAUCAUGUUUACUUACCUAAAGUUUGGUCUAACAAGCUCAAGUUGACUAUGUUGAUCGUACAUGAUGAUUUGAUUUUGCCCUCUUCUUUUCUUUGCCUUCGCGGCAGCAACCGGAACGUCUGAUCGACUUCUGAUGCGUGGCUUUGACAGCCAGUCCGCCAUUCUUGUAAACAGACCAGUUUGCGCAUACAUGUUAUUUACACCACAUUGGAGAUUUAUCGUAAUCAAUGGUAGUUUCCCGACCUCAUUACAAUUAAGAAAACUGCUAUAUUGAUUCUCACAUUAUAUUAUCAUUAAGGUAUAAAUUCAUUGAACAUAUUUAUGCAAUUUUAUCAAAAUUUAUGUGAUAUGAUGAAUUGCAUCAUUUAAAUAUAGUUUAUUUAUAUGAAAAUCUUGUGCAUAAUAUCUAACCUUUUUUUAUAAUUUACUUUUUAUUCAGUUUUUAAGCAAUACAAUGUACAUACAUUA